GCCCUAUUUAAGACUGUUUCCUGACGGUAGGAGGUAUCACUUCAGUCACAGCACCGUCAGGAUAACAAGGACUAUACUCAGUAUUAAGCUGAAUUCUUUAUACAUCGCUAUGGCUGCUCAAGGAACCUUCUUCGCCGCCCUCCUGCUGUGCCUCUCCGCCGUCACUCUCGCCAAAGAGGAGACCCCCGAAUCACGUCUCUUCUUCAGCUCAGAGAAUACUUCAGCCACUCUGCCCAUGUCCAGCAUCAUGUCCAUCGGGGCCCUCGCGGUUGGACUCCUGGUGCUGGUGGCCAUCUUCACGUUCAUUGGAGGCGAGACCAAAGAGGCCGUGAGCUAUGCGGCGCCAACAUCCUACGCCGCCCCCGCCCCAUCCUACGGCAACGAAGAGAGUUCCUAUUCAGUCCUUCGCUCGAUUAACGAAGCUUCGGACAGAUACCAAUGGGAGCAUCAGUAAACAAAGAUGGCGCCUGCGAAGGAAAAUGGCGGAAAGUUUGGUGAAUUAUUAAAAAAAGCGAUGAGGAGAAGAAAAAGCUCAAAGAAAAUCGAUUUAGGAUGCGCAUUUAAGACAAAGAUAAUUAAUUAUCUAAGUUGAGUAACACUGAUGAUAAUUUAAAUACCAAGCGGAGAAAAUAAGAGCAAAAAAA